CCGCCAAGCUUCAAAAAGACUUAAGACAGAGUAGCCAAGAAAAUGAAAUCCAGCAGUUAUAAUUCUUUUUUUUUGGGCAGAAAACUUUUUCUUCUUCUUCUCUCUCUUUAUGGAAAAGAAACCUCACUUGCGAAAAAGAGAUAGGAUUUGGAAUUUCUUUCGACACAAGAAGCAUGUAGGGACACUUCAGAGAAGAGAUACGACAACGGAACAAAAGGAAAAGAUUACAUGUUUAUCCACCUAUGCACAGCAACACUUUUCACUUUCACUAGAUUCGGAUAUCUUUGAAAGUUUACUUGAAGAUAACGAUUGGGAUUUAAAAAAAGCAAUCGCAGAUCUAUCUGAUUAUGAAGAAGCUUCGCAUGGUAUACUUAUAGAGCCACCUCAAGGACAAGUCUUGCUCGGACCAGAGAAUGAUGGAGGCACCAGUUGCUAUAUUGAUGCACUCUUGUUUGCCAUGUACAUAUCCAACACAACAUUUGAUCCGUUGUUAACCUAUGAUAUACCACCUGAAAACGAAGCCAAAGUCAAAUUACAGACGGUCAUGAGACUGUUUGUGAAUAAACUGAGAAAGGGUAAUUUCAUUAGCGCCAAUUAUGUUCACUGGCUUAGAAAAGUGCUCGAGGAAGCACAAUGGAAUGGAAAGGACGAAAACGGUUAUUGGUCACAAGAAGAUACGAGCGAACUGUUUAUGUUUAUCACCGAGACAUUUGAUUUGCCUUAUUUACCUUUUCAAAUCAGAUUAUUCCAUGGAGCAAAUCAUGAUACAAAUGAUGAUAGAGUCAUGACGGACCGAGUCUUAUCUCUUUCUAUACCACAAAGCAACAUGAAUACAAGGUUAAAAUUAGAAGAUAUUUUAUUAGACUAUUUUUACAACAACAUCAUUACUGGCAUCAAACGACAAGUGGACAUCCAACUUCAACAACAACAGCAGCAACAACAACAAAGUAUCAACCAAGACAUUUGUGAAGAUAUCCUAUCAUCACCAACCUUUGCAAGUACAAGUGAAAAGAAGAAAAUAUUAGAACCAACAAAUACGCAACAGGAGGUGAUUGCAUGGCAGGUACUCGAGCUGCUGCCCUUUUAUAGUGCAACCAAUGAGCAAGGAGAACUUAUCAAUACACAAUUUGACUCAGCUUUCCCAGAUACACGGAUGAUUUUACCCAUCGUUCUCAAGCGGUACUUUUACGAAAACACAGAAAUCAAAAAGAACAAGAUACCGAUCGAUAUUCCAUCCACCAUUGACUUUAACCGUUUUAUCAAUCAAAACAUGGACGAUCCAGUGUGUACAACAUGUGGUCAGAUGAACGAUUGGACACUUUAUCUCAAGAGUGUUGUGUGUCAUAAAGGAAGUUCACCUUAUUCAGGACAUUAUAUAUCCUAUGCAAGAGCAGAGGAAGAGUGGAUAAAAUUGGAUGAUAUGAACAAGGAGAUGAGGGUGACACCAGUCAAGGACCAAGCAAAGAUGUUUGCUGAUUUAGCGGAGAAUGCAUAUAUUCUAUUUUAUGAAUUGGAUAAAACAUGUCAGCACCACAACGAUAAUAAUUCUCAUAGUUCUAAUAGUAGUGGUAAUAGUAUUAAUAAUAGUAAUAAUAGCAAUAAUAAGCCAUCAUUAGAAAAGGCGCCACUAAAGGAUCAUCAUCAUUAUUCUUGCAUUUUGAUGUAA